AAAAAAAAAAAAAAAAAGAAAAGUCUAUAUAACUUAAUCCAGACAUAAUUGGGUUCCAUAGGCUAGCUAUUUCAGAUUAAUCUGGUUUCAAGUUAAUGAUCAAUUCCAGCUUUCCAUCAUGCAAUCUUAUAAUGUAUGCUACUUCGAUUCUAGAGCGCCAAUCUUUGCUCUAUAGCUAGCUACCCAGUACUACUAAUUGUCUAGUUGAUCCUGCUUUCCUCAAUACUGCGGAUUGGAAAAUUGCUCGAGUACGAAGACUACCAUCGCGAUCGGCUGUGUUAGUAAUUCUGAGACCAUCUCAUCCAGCAUAACAGAAAGGCAUAAAAUAAUUAUGGCUAAACAUCAGGGACCAAACAAUGAAAUCCAAAUGAGCAUUACACCAGAUGUGUCUCAUGAUUUCGGUAGUCCUGAGGCUCAUCGAAAACCGACACCCGAACAUGGACAACCUCAAGCAAGCAGCCAAAGAUGGAAUUGGCCAACAGUUGCCGGAGUUUCUUCAGAUUUGAACCCAUGGUGGAAUAAGAUACUGGUAACUUCAUGUGUGAUUGCAGUUUUAUUUGAUCCCUUGUUCUUUUACAUUCCAUACACCAGCGAGGAAAAAAAGUGUAUGGGAAGCGACGAAAGAGUGCAGACUGCAGCUCUGAUUUUCCGAUCAGUCACAGACAUCACUUUCCUGGUGCAUAUCAUAUACCAACUAUAUGUGGCUAUCAAAUUUGCACUCUCAAGGGUGGAUGAAAGUUUGGUUUUUAGAUAUGAAUCGGUAUCCCGAGUGCAAAUGAUUCGGUUUGCAAAGGCAUUUUCUCUCAAGUUGUCAUGGCGAUCUUUCCUAACUGACGUUUUCGCUAUUUUGCCCAUACCACAACUGCUAAUAGUAGGAUUGUUUUUCAACAUCGGAGGCAAUGACUACUUGUUAAGAAGAAAGAUUGUGAGCGGUUUUCUUCUAGUCCAAUAUGUGCCAAGAAUCUAUCGAAUUUAUCUUUCAUCUGUCGCGAUUACAGAAUCUGCAUUAUGGGUUAGAGGUGUAUUUAACCUUUUCCUCUACAUCCUUGCGAGUCAUGCACUUGGAGCCUUUUGGUACUUUUUUUCUAUUCAACGACAGACAUCAUUACUGCUGCACUUAUAA